AUGGUUCAAAUCAGCGACUUUGGCCUAUCGGUAUCAGGCAAGACACAACAAACCGGCUGUAUCCAGGCAGAGCCCUAUCGGGCGCCAGAAGUCAUUCUCGAUGCCGGCUACUCAUAUAGUGCAGAUAUAUGGAGUCUCGGUGUCUUGAUAUGGGAGCUACUAGAAGGUAAAAGGCUGUUUAAUCCAAUCGAUGAGAAAAACGAGGGCGAGUAUAACGAAAGUCUGCACCUUGCUCAGCUCACCAAACUACUGGGACCGCCACCCCGAGCCAUGCUUUCUUCGGGUCGGAGGACGGCAUUGUUUUAUAAGCCGAAUGGUGAUUUGAAGCAACCUGAGCUGGUGCCUGACAAUUUCGACCUCAAGAAUACCGUCUCUAGUAUUAGCGGUCAGGAAAAGGACAAGUUUUUAGAGUUCGCCAGAAGGAUGAUAAAGUGGGAUCCAGAAGAGCGAAGUACAGCCAAGGAGUUGCUUAAAGAUCCGUGGCUGUACGAAGACUUUCCUUCAAAGGAGUAG